AUGGAUACAGCAGUGAUGGAUACGAAUAAGGAGGAGAAGAUGGAGGAGCAAAAUCCAAAACCCCCAAGACACAAAGGGAAGCACGACAAGCCAAAGCCUUGGGAUGAUGAGAGUAUCGAUCAUUGGAAGAUUGAGAAGUUUGAUCCUUCUUGGAAUGAAACUGGGUUGCUCGAAGUCAGCUCUUUCUCCACUCUGUUUCCUCAGUACAGAGAAAAAUAUCUGCAAGAAUGCUGGCCCGUAGUGAGAGGGGCUCUGAAGGAGCAUGGAGUUGCUGGUGAGCUCAAUUUGGUUGAAGGAAGCAUGACGGUUACUACCACUAGGAAAACUAGGGAUCCCUACAUUAUAAUCAAAGCUAGGGAUCUCAUUAAACUUUUGUCCCGAAGUGUUCCUGCUCCUCAGGCAAUCAAGAUAUUAAAUGAUGAGAUGCAGUGUGACAUCAUCAAGAUUGGCAACCUGGUUCGCAACAAGGAACGGUUUGUCAAGCGUAGGCAACAUCUAGUAGGCCCAAAUUCUUCUACUUUGAAGGCACUGGAGAUUUUGACUGGUUGCUACAUCCUCGUUCAGGGGAAUACUGUUGCUGCCAUGGGCUCUUUUAAAGGGCUGAAACAAGUAAGGAGGAUUGUGGAGGACUGCAUCCUGAACAAAAUGCAUCCGUUAUACCAUAUCAAGAUCCUUAUGUUGAGGAGAGAGCUCGCAAAAGAUCCAGCACUAGCAAAUGAGAACUGGGACAGAUUCCUUCCUACUUUUAAGAAGAAGAAUGUGAAACAGAAGAAAGUUAAAUCUAAGGAGAAGAAACCUUAUACUCCUUUCCCUCCUCCGCAGCAACCUAGUAAGGUUGAUAAACAACUGGAGACUGGUGAAUAUUUCUUGAGUGAUAAGAAGAGAUCUGCCAGAAAGUCGCAAGAGAAGCUAGAAAAACAGGUGGAAAAGACAGCUGAGAAUAAAAGGAAACGGGAAGAGGCCUUCGUUCCUCCUGAGGAACCUAAGAAAAAUGAUUCUGGUUCUCACUCGGGUGACAAGGACAAUGAUGUUUCUUCCAUGGCGUUGUCAGUGAAAAAUAAGGCAAAGGAGUUUGGGAAAAAAACUGCUGGGAAGGUUGAUCCUCAGAACUACAUUGCUGAAACUGGCAAGAAGAAACGGAAGUCAUUCUAG